AUGAAUGAAAAUUCUCAGCCCAUCCGGGACAUUGCCCAGCCCGGCAUCAAGGCCGAGCAGCGCUUGCUCAGGAUCCUGCGAGACGAAAUUGCGAAGCUUCUGGACAGAUCCUCGACCGGCUUUCCUGGCGCACAACCCGUCAGUUUCUCGCGGCGGCAUUUAGACGAGCUGCGGAAAGAGGACUAUUAUGUGUGCGAGAAGUCGGACGGCAUUCGCUACCUUCUCUACCUCACCAACGACGAGAAUGGCAACGCCGCGCAUUACCUGAUUGACCGCAAGAAUGACUUUUGGUGGAUCCACCAAAGAAACUUGCACUUCCCGCUGCAGAACGAUAACGUAUCCUUCCACACGGGCACGCUCAUCGAUGGCGAGCUGGUGCUGGAUACCAUGCCCGACGGCCGCAUACAACCCAAGUUUCUCGUCUUCGACCUGCUCGCGCUCGACGAUAAGGCCGACUUGAUCUCCAAGCCCCUGGACAAGCGACUGGGAUAUUUCAAAGAGCACGUCAUGAGGCCGUACAAGAAGCUCUUCCAGGAAUUCCCGGACGAGCUGCAGUUCCAGGCAUUCCAGGUGGAGAUGAAGGAAAUGCAGUUUUCGUACGGCAUCGAGAUGAUGUUCCGCGAGGUGUUGCCAAGCCUUAAGCACCAGAACGACGGGCUCAUCUUCACGUGCCGCACCAGCCCUUACCAGUUUGGCACAGACCAGCACAUUGUCAAGUGGAAGCCGCCCCACGACAACACGGUCGACUUUCGCUUGCGCCUAGCCUUCCCGACCGUGACGCCCAACGACGACCAGGCGCCCGACGGCCAGAAAGAUCCCUUCAUCGACUACGAUAGCGUACCUGAUGCUCGCCUCUUUGUCUUCCAUGGUAGCGGCGGCGACGGCGGCAUAUACCGAGAGUUUUCGGAUCCCCUCUACCUGACCGAGGCCGAGUGGGAGGAGCUGAAGGCGCUCGGCGACCCCCUCCAAGAUCGCGUCGUCGAGUGCGCGCUCGACGAAGAGAAGCGCUGGCGCCUCUACCGCUUCCGCGACGACAAGCACGAGGCCAACCACAGCACCACCGUCUUUAGCGUCCUCGACAGCAUCCGCGACGGCAUCACCGAGAACGACCUUCUCGAGGCUGCCAGGGGGAUCAAGGACAGCUGGAAGAUGCGUCAGCAGCAGCAGCGGUAG